AUGAAAUUUUACGAAGGAAACAAGACAGGGGAAAUUCCCGGGAUCUUGCCAGGACCACCGGAUGCGAACGAAGGCGAUUACUAUUGGUGGCAGGGCGGCGCCAUGAUGGGAACAUAUGUCGACUACUGGUACUACACGGGCGACGAGAGUUACAAUCACGUCGUCACCGAGGGAAUGCUCCACCAAGUCGGAGAAGGCCGCGAUUAUAUGCCACGGAACCACACCGCCUCUCUCGGCAACGAUGACCAAGGGUUUUGGGGCAUGACGGCGAUGCUCGCGGCCGAGAACAAGUUUCCCGACCCACCAGAGGAUAAGCCGCAGUGGCUGGCGCUCGCACAAGCCGUAUGGACGACCCAAGCAAACCCGGAUAGACAUGACGAGACAUGCGGCGGCGGUAUGCGUUGGCAGGUUCCACCGACUAACACGGGAUACGACUACAAAAACACAAUCUCGAACGGGUGCUUCUUUAAUAUUGGUGCUCGACUCGCUCGCUACACCGGCAACGAUACGUAUGUCCGCUACGCUGAAGAGACAUGGGACUGGCUGUGGGCGGUGAAAUACAUCGACCACGAGAACUGGCGAGUCUACGACGGUGCCCAUGUGCCGAAAAACUGCACCAACGUCUUCAAGGCAACUUUUUCGUACAAUAUCGCCGUUUUGAUGCAAGGCUGUGCCUUCCUAGCGAAUCAUACGGGAGAGCAAAAGUGGUUCGACCGCACCGAAGCCCUCGCAAGCCGCGCCAUCGAAGACUUCUUCGCCGACGGUGCCGCUUACGAAAUCCCCUGCGAAUUCGAGACAGGCCGCUGCUCCCAAGACAUGCUGAGCUUCAAGGGCUAUGUCCACCGCUGGAUGACGGUCGUAACUCAACUCGUCCCCUCGACCCGUGAUCUCAUUCUCCCGGUCUUGCGCAACUCCACCCUAUCGGCCAUCAAGCAGUGUACGGGCGGUGCCUCGGGUCGCGUCUGCGGAUUCUACUGGAACAAAGGCGUGUUCGUCGAUCCGGCUGUUGAUGAGACAACUGGUGCUGGCGAGGCGAUGAACGUUCUGGCCGCAGUCCAGAGCCUGUUGGAAGUGGCUCCUCCUGCUACGAAUACAACGGGCGGCACGUCAAAAGGCGAUCCCAACGCCGGGAUGAACUCAAAUCCGUUCAAGGAGUUCGAUCCUCUUACUACAGGUGACCGUGCUGGAGCUGGCAUCUUGACUUUUGUGGUUCUCUCGAGCGCUAUUGGUAUUUGGGUGUGGAUGUCGCUUGGGUACCAGGAAUGGACUGAAGGAGAGAAGGGUAAAGAGACAGCCCGCCCGAUGAGUGAAAAGGUCGAUACUUCGCUAGAGAGUGUAGCACCAGCAAAAGUGGCCAUCCAGCAAGGCUAG